UAGCUGUUCUAUAAAGAGCAUCCUGAAGUUAACCUUCUACGUGGAAGAGUGUGGGGAAAACAGCCAGGCUAUUCUGAAGGUUCUUGGAACAGAAUUAGGCACUUGUGAACAUCAUCAUGCCCAAGUUUUACUGUGAUUACUGCGAUACCUAUCUCACUCAUGAUUCUCCAUCUGUGAGGAAGACCCACUGUAGUGGAAGGAAGCACAAAGAGAAUGUGAGAGACUAUUAUCAAAAAUGGAUGGAAGAGCAAGCCCAGAGCCUGAUUGAUAAAACAACCAUCACAUUUCAGCAAGGAAGAAUUCCUCCCAAUCUUUUCUCUGCUCUUCCACCAGGAGGGCCCAUGAUUCCACCUCCUCACCCUACCAUGAUGGGGCCUCCCCCUCCUGGAAUGAUGCCUGUGGGGCCUCCUCCUGGCAUGAGGAUGCCCAUGGGAGGUCACAUGCCUAUGAUGCCUGGCCUUCUGAUGAUGAGACCCCUUCCCUAUCCCAUGAUGGUCCCCACUCGCCCAUCGAUGCCCAGACUAGACAGAUAAAAUAAAGGAAAUUCA